AUGAAGAAGCCGACGGACUAUUCGAUGCUCUGGCGGACGACCCAAUUGAAAAUGACUCUGAUGGGCACUUUUGAAUUCUCGCGAUUAAUCGUCGCCGACGUCACACUUUCCAUAUUUUUGUACCAUUUUGUGUCGCCCGAAAUCGAUUGGACCGUCGACGAAUUCUGGAAAAACACUGGCCACGUGGCAGAUAAUCUCAACGGGGUACGGUAUAUAGUUUAAAGGCGCAAUAACCGGGGAAAUUGUGGAGAAAGUCGAUUUUUAAGGGAGAACUAUGUCUUGAAGCAAAAUAAAAAGAUUUAAAGGCGCAUGCAGUAAUCCUGGAAAGAUUUUUCAUUGCAAAAUCGAUUUACAGACAAUAACGUGGCUGCGGAGCAACCCGGCUGGCCUUAAAUUGAACACGCCCGUCAACGAAACACUUGCCUGGUUCUUCACUUAUCACAUUUAUUUGUGGACCAGUACGUUUCCUGAAAACAUUUAAAAACUUGAAAAUUCGAUUGCAGCGUUCAUUGGAUUCCUCCGAUCGGACACCUUUUUCCGUGUCAUCUUCUACUCGCUCCUCGCCGGAUUUUCCACUUUCGGAGCACUUAUCUACGAUUUCUCGCAGAUUUUCUUCCUCCAUUUCAACUGUUUCGACGCCUACGCAACCAAGUACGCCACUGUGAAUUUUUUUGAAAAUGCUAAGAAUCAAUUUGCAGACUGUGUCACCUGUGCUAUCACACUUUGACCGUAUUGUGGAGUAUUGUGCGAGGAAAGAAAUGGAAUCCGUUGAGAGAGAGAAAAGAUACGGUGCGUACAAUAUUUGAAACAAAAAGAUUACACUCAACUUUUUUUUUACUGUUUCAUUAAAAGUAAAUAGAUUUUAUUUUGAAAAUUACUUACCUAUUUAUUGAAUCGUGCUAUUGAAUUGGACUUAUUUAAAGAACCAGGGAACCCUGCGAGUUCACUGUCCGAGUCCCAACUCUCAUAAACGCCUGAAAACGGAACAGCGCGCAGUUAAAGUCAUGACCAUGGCCUAGAAAACUCCUAGGCCAUGGGAUCUCAAUUCUCAGACGUAGCCAAUCAUUCACACAAAUUAACAGAUUCUCAAAGUGCAAUUGCCCAGCACUGCUGCCAUCUGUUCCGUUUAUAUGCAUUUCUGAGUGUUGGGACUCGGACAGACACAUUAACUCGCAGGGUUCCCUUUAAAAAAAUGAAACAUUUCCGAAAAAAUCAUAAAAAUCUGACACCGUCUCCACCAAGUGACGUUUUCCUGAAUUCAGUAUUUUUUCUCUUAUUUUAUUUUAACAAAUUUUAACAGCAAAAUUUGUGUUUUUUGCCAGACUAGCCACGAAAAACCGAUAAUUUCUCAUUUAUCUCUCGAUAGACCGAUUGUAUAGGCUAUUACGAAUUUUUUAAGCGCAAGAGCGUCAAAUUUGGUCAAGUUGCAAAUCACAUUUAUCCGUUUAAAUGUUUUUGGCUAAAACUGCGUGAAUUUCAGUUGCUUUUCGGUAAUUUUCGCGGUUCGAGUGCUCAAAAUGCUUGAUUUAUCAUUCUCAAAACCAAUUAUGUCUGAAAACGGUCAAGAAAGCGCAAAAUGAGAAGUGCGGUUUUUAGGCGGCGAUCGGCGGCGAAGGCGAAAAAGCGAAGUCGGCGAAAACUGCGCCAAAACGUCAUUAAUUCUGGGAAUUAGUGUGUUUUCAUGUCGAACAAUCAUUUUUCAUCGCCUUUGACCACAAAAAUCAGAGAAAACGUGCUCAAUUCAUGAAAACGCCAUUUGGCCGAGGCCGCCACGCCCAUAUUGUCAGCUCUGGAGACCGUGAAAUAGACAAUUUCAGGUGAUUCUGGACACGCGACAACAGUUUCUGGCCACCUCGCUCUUCGUCAUUCUCCUCUUCAUUUUCCCCACAAUUCUCGUCUAUUUCCUCGUUUUCCGCGGUCUUCGUUCGCUCGUUUCGGCCGUCCAACGCGGCCUUUUCGCCUUCGCCACGUGGCCAUUUCAAUUGUAUUAUCUCGACGAAAAUGUUAAACUUUUGAACGGGGAUUUCGAUUAUUAA